CCCCGCGCGCCCAAGCUCCUCCCCGCCCGGCCUCGCGCAGCCCGCGAGCGGGGCGGGCAGCUGGAGAGCCGGCUGGCGUGCGCCGCGGGGAUGCCGCUGCUGCUGCGGCUGCUGCUCGGCCCCCGGGGGGGGGCGGGGGGAGGUGACGGCCCCCCGGGAUCUCCGGUCCGGUCCGGUCCGGUCCUGCAGCGGCUCGGCAGGGCUCUGCCGCGGCCAGUUCAGGUAGCCCCGCUGCCUGACAAGCGGAGCGCUGCGCUGGGGCUGUGUUGGGGGGUUGAUUCUCCCGGUUUGUGUUUUGCUUAAGGUGAUCACAGUGGUAUGUCCCUGUACUCAGUCCUGCCCCCCAAAGUGGAGAUGUGCAAGAUCCAAGUAAGGGAAAUCAUCUCCUAGACUCCAAGCCAGAAUGAUGUACCUGCAGCCCCUGCCUCUUAUUGUGGUACAGAGCUUCCUUCAGCUUAUAUUUUGUGACACUAAACAAACAGUCCAUGCCACAGAAGUGCUGGAUUGGGAAGACAAAGAUGCUGCAGAGACAUUGGUCAACAACGUUGUCCAUUCCAGGAUCAUCAACCCUUUACGCCUAUUUGUUAAGCCAUCACCAGUGUUGAAACAUGGCCAGAUGUCAUACUCAGACAGCAUAGAAAACUUUUGGGAUUGGUUAGCCAACAUCACUGAGGUUCAAGAAUCUCUUGCACGGACUAAGCGCAGACCAAUAGUAAAAACUGGGAAAUUCAAGAAAAUGUUUGGGUGGGGCGACUUCCAUUCCAACAUCAAAACUGUUAAACUAAACCUCCUCAUCACAGGGAAAAUUGUUGAUCAUGGCAAUGGAACCUUCAGUGUUUAUUUCCGACAUAACUCAACAGGUCUUGGAAAUGUUUCCGUAAGCCUGGUGCCACCUUCUAAGGUGGUGGAAUUUGAAUCUUCUCCACAGUCAACGCUGGAGACCAAGGAAUCCAAGUCCUUCAACUGCCGAAUUGAGUAUGAAAAAACAGAUCGGGCUAAGAAAACUGCCUUGUGUAAUUUUGACCCUUCAAAGAUCUGCUACCAGGAGCAGACACAAAGUCAUGUUUCUUGGUUGUGUUCUAAACCAUUUAAAGUUAUCUGCAUUUACAUCGCUUUUUACAGUGUAGAUUACAAACUGGUGCAAAAGGUCUGCCCCGAUUAUAAUUACCAUAGUGAGACGCCCUAUUUGUCCUCUGGCUGAUGUAAUUCAUAUUCUGAGUAACUGUAGAAAUACAGCACUGGUCAUAAAUAUGAGUUUCCUUUAAUCUUCUGCAGAAGACAGUGCUUCCCUAUCAGGUUAAAUAUGUCUUUAAAAAAAUUGUAGAUGUUUGUGCUGUUUCAUAAAUAUUCAACCUGUUUAUGUAACAAUCAUUUUCAUUUAACACAAUUACAUUCUGGCUAUGUUAAUAAUAAGAGAAAUAUCAGACAUUAGCAAAAUAUGACAAGGAGGAACAAAAUUAUGCAUGUGCUAAACACUGAUCUGGAAAGUUAGCUUUAUUGAAGUAUGUUUAAAGGGCUGCAUUAGAUAGUAGAUGCAGCGAGAUAUUUUACUUGGUAUAUACAGCACCUCGCAUCCUGGGGUCCCAAUCCUGAUUGUAUUUUGUUAGCACCUACAGUUCCCAAACAACAAACAGUAAGAGGAAGACAACUGGGCCAGGCCUGCAAGCUCUCCACAUGCAAAACUCAAUUUCAACAACUUUUCAAUUGAUGUCAACAGGAUUGUCACACACAGAGUCCUAAUUAAUUAGUUAAUUAGUUAAUUAAUUAAUUAGUUAAUUAAUUGAGUCCUAAUAUUUAAAUAAAAUGCUAUUUCUAUUAAAGAAAUGAAAGAGAAUUGAAUUCCUAUUCUGGGUUUUGGCAGUAAUGCAUAGUCACUGGAAUGGAAAAGCAGUUUCUUCAAAUACUUACCAGUGAAAAUGCAAUGAUCUUUAGUCUGUUAGACCCACCAAGUAUACAGGUUUGGUUACAUCUUUCCCUAUGGGGGUCACCAUUGUUUUGAUUUAUACUUGGAUGUUUACAUCUAUAUUGGUACUAGUUUAAGAUGGUAAUAGAAUAUAAGUGUACCCUGGAAAAACAUGGUCCAUGUUCAAUAAAUCCCAGAAUAAAUAAGAGUGUGGUUUCCAUUUAAAGGAAAGUAUUUACCUUAACAUCUUGCUAUCCAGCACAUCCUGAUUUAUUACCUUCCUGGAAAUGGAAAAGUAUCACAAGAUAAGGCCAAUACCCCAAUAACACAUGCUCUUCUUUUUCAUGAAACCCAGUUAAACUAGUUAGUAUCUUUUAAGACAAGAAAACCACAAUCCCUGAAAAAUGAAAGGUCAACAAAAAUCUAGACACCACCCUCAUAUAAGAUUACAAACCACUGCCAUUAGUACAGCACAUUUCAACAUAUGGCCAGAUCCUGAGCUGGUAUAAAUGUAUACCACCAGAGGAUCUGGCCCUAUAUGCUGCUUACAUAGGGACUCAUACUGUUCCCCUGAAGUCAAUGGCAAAAUCAAUUUCAACAGUUCGGGAUCAAGCAAAAAUGACAUUUGUAUUUUUUUUUGUUAUUGUUUUUACCACCAUUGCUGAUUAUCAAGACAUGUGUGUAAAAAGAAGUGAACUUCUGCUUCUCUUUUCUGAUGUCACAGUUUAGUGUCUGAUGUCACACCUCUUUGCCAAGGUUUGGAAAGGGUUUGGCUGGAAAGGAGAGAGCUGUUUAUUACAUACGAACUGAUGAGCACUGACAGAAAGAUACAUGAAUAUAAGAAGUUUUGUUAAAGCAGCUGUGCUUCUGGACCAACAACUAGAUAGACUAUAUGUCAAAUCAAAAAGGAUGUCACUCACUAGAUUAUUUCUCUAUUCUUACUUAUUGCAAAGCCUCAUACAGAAAAAUCCUUUGUUAAAAAAAAUGUUUAAUUUGUUUUUGUCUUAAAGUUACAAGUUUAGAAAUGUGGAUUUGUUUAUAAAAAUCUAAAAGUUUCCUGUCACAGCUUAUUCCAUACAAAUGGUCUUUGGGUUUUGGUUUACUUAUUGAUACCUACAUAAUGUUCUGUUUUGUGUUCUGUAUAGCGUCUUAGAUUUAGCUGUAUAUAUGCUAGUAUUUAUUACUAUAUUCUAUAUGUUCAGUGUUUGGUGCUUUUGUAACUUAGCUGUAAGCCACAAUUUUAUUGCCAUGUAGUUUUACCCAGCUCUAUAAACUAUUUAAAAAACUACAAAGUAUUUAUUGUAGAGUAUGUGGAAAUCAUAUAUGUGUAUAUACAGUACUUAAAUCUAUGUGUACAUAUACAGAAUAUAUGUGUACAUGCAUUUCCAUGUAAAUAAAGAGAGUUUGCUAAAUCUG